AUGGGAGGCAAGACCACGUGUCUGCUCCCGGCUCUGUUCCUUCUCAUCAUCCCAGGCUCAUCUGCCAUCUUGGGUCCCAGAGCAGUGAGAGGUGUGGAGCAGGGCUCACUGACUGUGUGGUGUCGAUACGACCCUGGGUGGGAGCCCUACGUGAAGUGGUGGUGCCGGGGGGCUGACUGGAGCAGCUGCCACUUCGUUGUUAAAACAAUCCGUGGAUCAGAGAAGGAGGUGAAGCAGGGCCGCGUGUCCAUCAAGGACAAUCAGAAAGACCGCUCGUUCACCGUGACCAUGGAGAAACUCAGGGUAGACGAUUCAGACACUUACUGGUGUGGGAUUGAGAGACCUGGACCUGACCUGGGGGAUGAUGUUGACGUGAUCAUUGACCCAGGUAAGACAGCGUCGAUCUCCACCCGCCCCAUCUCCAAUGCCAACAUGUUCACAGCACCAGUUGUCCUGGAAGGACACCUGCCCCUACUGGGCAGCGUCCACUUCCUGCUCCUGGUCUUCCUGAAGGUGCCCCUGCUCCUGGGCAUGCUCGGUGCUGUCCUCUGGGUCAACAGGCCUCUGAGGAGUUCCGGGGGGAAGCCCCAGGAAAGCCAGCAGCCCCCAUGCUCUCCAAUGUUCCAGGAGCAAAAGACCCUCAAACAGAACAAAAAGGCAUUUUUCUCAGGCAAUGACAGUGGUCAGUGGCGACUGUGGUUCUCGAGGCAGCGUGGCUCCCCGCUUCAAGAAUUAGUCCCCUAG